CUGUGGCGUUCCUUCCGGGGUCGGUUCCGUUGGCCACCGGCGCAUGCGCACUCCCGCCCGGCCUUCUUACGAGAAAGGGAGAAGCGAGGAAGGCCAAAGGAGCAGCAGCAGCAGCAGCGUCGCCGCCGGGCGCCAUGUCGUUGCCCCCGACUGGGUUCCCCAGCAGGACCGCCCAGAACGGACCAGCACAAAAUCAGAUGCAGUUCUCUCCUGGAUAUGGAUCAUAUCCUCAAAACUAUAGUGCUCCUUCUGGACAGUAUUCACAAGUGCCCAGUAAAGCUAUCCCUUCACAGCUGGAUAACCAUUAUUAUUCUGCUCAUUACUCAGUACCGGCACAAAAUGUUAAUGCACCUUCUGUGACUCCCAAGAUGAUGAAUACACAGGGAUCACAGUACCUGUACAAUAGAGCACCUCAUCUUGCAGAAUCAUCUGGACCUACGCAAGGAAUGAUUUCUUCUGCAUCUCCAUUACAUACCAACAUUUCCCAGUCAUAUUCCUCAUUUGGUAGUCCAUACAGUAAUUCAGUUUUGCACUCCGACAGCUCUUCAGUUCCGUCUCAGGGAUUUGUUCAUCCACCCAGUCACUACACCAUGCCUGCUGUUUCUCCUGCUGCUUAUCCUAAUGUUUCAUAUCCUUCUGAGUUCAUUCGUAGUCCAUAUGGGCAAGUGCCUACUUCCCACAGUGUGCUAGCUCUUCCAAAAGAGGCAAACAUUUACUCUAGUCAAAACAGAGCCCCAACUACAAUACAACAAACAGCUCCUGUAAAUUACAACUCUGCCUCUUGGCCCACUCCAGAACUCCAGCUGGCUCAAGAGAAUCAUAAUGUGAGCUUCGCAGGAUCAUUGCCUGAAGGAAGCAACCCAAUGAUCACAGGGUCUCUGCAUCCCGUAAAGAAGAACAUUCAGCCUGUGAAGCCUACCCAGGAAAUAUCUUCAGCUGUGACUUCUUCAAUUAUAACACCUGGUGUUGAGAAAACCACAAAACCUGUCACUUCAUCCUCUCUCACACAACUAUCAGAUCCCUUGCUUCAUGAAGGCAUGCAGUUUGAUGGAUAUGUUAAUAAUCAAGCUAGCUCUCCAGCAACUCCCUUGUCAUCAAGUUCAGAUGAUGAGGAAGAGGAUGAUGAGGAUGAGGAAGCAGCUAUUGACAGUUCUUCCUCUACAACCAGUGCAUCUCCUGUUCUCAACAAUUAUGAUAGUCUUGAAGGAGGUGGCUAUCCAGAGGAACACUCUACAACAAAUAGCCCGGCUCUUGUUUCUUCAGCAUCCCAGACAUCUAAAAACUCUAAGCCAUUUGGCUAUGGGUACCCUAUUCUUCAGCCUGGCUACCAGAAUGUAACACCACCUUUACCACCUCCUGCUGUGCAGACAGGUGACUCUGUAUAUAAUUCUAGAUUUCCUCAAUAUUCACAGCAAUAUCCUACCAUGAAUCAACUGUCUGCCAGUCUUGGAGGACUAGGUAUACAGCAGCCCGAGAGUCUGAGACCAAUCAUUCUUACUCAAGAUAGAAAUAUUCUGCCUAUUGUUUCAACUCCAGCUCCUGUGCCUAAUUUGAAUUCAGACCUGAAGAGAUUGAACUGCAGCCCAGACUCAUUUCGAUGCACUUUGACAAAUAUUCCUCAGACUCAGGCAUUGUUAAAUAAAGCAAAACUUCCUUUGGGGUUGCUUCUUCAUCCCUUCAGAGAUUUAACGCAAUUACCGGUGAUAACAUCGAACACCAUUGUGAGAUGUAGAUCAUGCAGAACAUACAUCAACCCUUUUGUUUCUUUUAUUGAUCAGAGGAGGUGGAAGUGUAAUCUGUGCUACAGAGUUAAUGAUGUCCCAGAAGAAUUUAUGUACAAUCCUCUGACACGGUCCUAUGGAGAGCCUCACAAGCGGCCAGAAGUCCAGAACUCUACGGUGGAGUUCAUUGCUUCUUCAGACUACAUGCUUCGACCUCCUCAGCCGGCAGUGUACUUGUUUGUGUUUGAUGUGUCACACAAUGCAGUAGAAGCUGGGUACUUGUCAAUUGUAUGCCAGUCUUUGCUGGAAAACUUAGACAAGUUGCCUGGAGAUUCAAGAACAAGAAUAGGCUUCAUAACAUUUGACAGCACCGUUCAGUUCUACAACUUGCAGGAAGGAUUAUCACAGCCUCAGAUGCUAAUUGUUUCAGAAAUUGAUGAUGUUUUCCUGCCUACACCUGAUAGCUUACUUGUUAAUCUGCAUGAAAGUAAAGAGUUAAUUAAAGACUUGCUGAAUGCACUACCUAAUAUGUUCACCAAUACAAGAGAAACACACAGUGCAUUAGGCCCAGCCCUGCAAGCUGCCUUUAAAUUGAUGUCUCCAACGGGUGGGCGCAUAUCUGUGUUUCAAACACAGUUGCCAUCUCUGGGCAUAGGACGUUUGCAGUCCAGGGAAGACCCCAAUCAAAGAUCAAGCACAAAGGUGGUUCAGCACCUUGGUCCAGCAACAGAUUUUUAUAAAAAGCUUGCACUAGAUUGUUCAGGACAACAAACAGCUGUGGAUUUGUUCCUUUUAAGUUCUCAGUAUUCAGAUUUGGCUUCUCUUGCUUGCAUGUCCAAAUACUCAGCUGGAUGCAUCUACUAUUACCCAUCUUUUCAUCAUAUUCACAAUCCUGUUCAAACAGAAAAGCUACAAAAAGACCUUAAAAGAUACUUUACACGAAAGAUUGGAUUUGAAGCAGUCAUGAGAAUAAGAUGUACAAAAGGUCUUUCAAUUCAUACCUUUCAUGGCAACUUUUUUGUGCGAUCGACUGAUUUACUGUCACUUGCCAAUGUCAAUCCUGAUGCAGGAUUUGCGGUACAGAUGUCCAUUGAAGAAAGCCUGACAGAUACGUCAUUAGUCUGUUUUCAGACAGCACUUUUAUAUACAUCCAGCAAAGGUGAACGAAGAAUUAGGGUUCACACGCUUUGUUUGCCUGUGGUGGUUUCACUAACAGAUAUUUAUGCUGGAGCAGAUGUACAAGCAAUUGUAUGCCUUUUAGCUAACAUGGCUGUGGAUCGAUCAGUUUCAUCAAGUUUGUCAGAUGCUAGAGAUGCCUUAGUGAACGCAGUGGUAGAUUCAUUGUCUGCGUAUACGUCAACUGCAUCAAACCUCCAACAAUCUGCUUUGAUUGCUCCAAAUUCCCUCAGGCUAUUUCCUCUGUAUGUUUUGGCUCUCUUCAAACAGAAAGCAUUUCGAACAGGCACAAGUACACGCUUGGAUGAUCGUGUAUAUGCCAUGUGCCAAAUAAAAAGUCAACCUUUGGUUCACUUAAUGAAGAUUAUAUAUCCCAGUUUAUACAGAAUAGAUCGGCUUACUGAUGAGGGUGCAAUACAUUUCAAUGAUAGAGUGGUACCUCAGCCUCCUCUUCAGCGAUUGUCUGCAGAGAAGUUGACAAAAGAAGGAGCUUUUCUUAUGGACUGUGGCACAGUAUUUUACAUUUGGAUUGGAAGAAGCUGUGAUAAUAACUUCAUAACAGAUGUCCUUGGAUACCCUAAUUAUUCCUCUGUACCUCAGAAAUUGAUGCAGCUUCCUGAAUUAGAUACUCUUUCUUCAGAGCGAACCAGGUCUUUUGUAUCCUGGCUUAUGGACAGUAAACCUCUAAGCCCAGUACUUCAAGUAAUAAAGGAUGAAAGCCCUGCAAAGGCAGAUUUUCUUCAGCACUUAGUUGAAGACAAGACAGAAGCAGCAUAUUCUUACUAUGAAUUUUUGCUUCAUCUUCAACAACAAAUUUGUAAAUGAGCAGGAAGAAAGAAACAAAAGCAACAAAAAAAUCAGUUCUGGACUUCUUAUCAAAUAUCAGCUGUGAAAGAAGCACACUGGAAGUGACAGAACCAGGCAUGGGUUCUUCGGCAUCCUUUUUUAAAGGACAAAAUCACAUUUCCUGAUGAAUUUUACAGUUCUGCUUCAGUAUAAAAAUGAUGGUUAAGAUGCAGUUUCAGUAAUAUGUUUUCAGCUGGUUUAUAUGCAUUUCCUACAGUGCAACAAUACGGUGCUUCUGUCUACUUUAAGGUGGUGAACUUACAUAGUGAUGUGAAAUAGUAUUUCUUAAAGAAAUCUAAUGUCAGAGAGCAUUUCCCCUAACAUUUAGUAUGAUAGCCUUUCCAGAUGAUCUCCAGCAGAGAUGCCAAAGUGCAAUGCUCCAUUUAUAUGAAUUUGUAAAAGAGAUAAUUCAUAUUUGAAGACUUCACCAUUUUCUCUGUGAAGACUGCAGAAUUUCAAUACAGCAUACAUGAGUUGUAGAAAUUAUAUAUAUAUAUAUAUAUAUAUAUAAUAUAUAUAUAAAAUGUACAGAAAUGGUAACAUUUGUAAAAAAAUGUAAAAAAUGUAACUACAGAGUAUGAAUUGCUUUGUUGCUGCAGUGUUGGUGAUUCAAUGACAAAUCACUAUCUCAGUUAAAGAAUAAAGUUGACUGAUGCAUAUGAAACAAAAAUAUGAAUCCACAUAGGAAAAUGCAACUUUGUAAUUCAUUUAAUGAGUCCUUUUAUGUGGAUUUAUUUAUGAUCAGCUAAUUAAAAGUAUUUUGCUUGAUCAUGUG